UUAAGUUGGUUACAAUUGACGAAAAUAUCAAACAUGAUGUUUUACUUCUUUGUCCUUGCACUAGCUGCUACAGUGCAGUCCGUUAUGUACGGCCCUGGAGCCCCUCUCUCUAGUGAUCCACGACUGACAGGGGUCAACGCUAACCCUUUUGCAGAUUUCAUGAGGCUUCCCAUCCAAAUGAAGCAAUGUAGAGCUACCACUCAUUUCAACGCCGACGCCAUUUUUGACCAGAGUUUUGUGUGUCCUAAGAACAUUAAACGUCCACAGAACUGGCCAAUCACAAGCACCGACAGAUUCUUUAUUCCAGAUCCAGAACUUCAAGGUUACGCACAACAACCCCUCUACAGAGCUUUUGCUAAUCCACAAAACAAUCCAGAUGCCAUGGCUUACUACAAACAGACAUAUGACGCCUUGGAGACAUGGAAAUACUCCGGACUGGAGCAGGAGUUCUCUCAGUGUUUCUCCGAUCUCUACAGAUACGAAGAUGCCGUCCAAAUCACUAAAUACAAGCUUGACCCUGUCUGUAAGACAACACUGGUCAAUCUGACCGAUGAGGCUAUCUGGCACACUUAUAACGGCAGAGAUUACAAAUGUUUCAUCCCCUUCCCCCAGCAACUCACAGCCGUCAAGUGUACUCACCCGCGAUACUCGAACAUGGAUAAGUGCCGACUUGGAUAUGGUGUCAGAAAUGAAUACAGAUGCGCUCCAACCAACUUUGUCCGCAGGAAGGUCAAUCUUGUUUGUCCAGAAAUCCAGAUGGUCUUUGUCCGAUCCUUCGACGUCCCAACCGCCUGCAGCUGUAAACUUUGUUACGAAUGUGAUAAUGUCAUCCCUGACCCAAGAGCCUACUUGGGGUUUCCUAAUGUUGGAAAAAAGUAAACCAAUAAAUCCGCCAAAAAUUGUGAUAACAGAUGAUGUAAUGAAGAAAAUGAAAACGGCUGAAGAUACUUAUUUGAGAUAAGAUGUAUUGUAAGCCAGUUUCUAUUUCUUUAUUUUGUCAUCUGUCUGAUUUAUAACAAAUCUACACCAAGUGCCAUAGUGUGCAUAAAUGAAAUUGAAAUAUUGCGAGAAAGUGAAUGCAUAUUACCACGUUCGGGCACGUGAAAUGUUAUGAUUGUUUUUGUUUGGGUUAUGAUGUGUGCUUUGUACUCUUGUUAUUAUUGUAUAUGCCAAAAUUUUGUUUUGCUAUUUUGUAUAUCAUCAUCCUGUUGUUAUUUGAAGUCCCUAUUAUGUUUUUGAGAUAUUUUUGCAUUAAAAGUUUAAAAAUUUA